UCCGCGCCAACCCUAGGAGGGGUUGCUUUUUAAGUCAAGACCUUUUUACAGGUUCCUAAGUACUCGGCUGUUGCGAAGGGUGAACGUGUUUCUCUGACAGCUCAUGGGGACUCGAGUGUAGAGUUCCUGACCUGAGUUAAGUGCUGGGGAUUGAACACAGGGUCUUGUGUAUGCCAGAAGAGGUUUCAUGACAGUGACUAUACAAUCCAGAAGACCAUUGGGAAUUAGCCGGAUAACUGGUGCAGAAGUGUUUCAGGUCAAAAGAGCAGCAUAUCCAGGACCAGAAUAUAUUGUGCAUUUGAGGAAACUGCACAUAGCUUUGUGUGUCCACAUUAUCCAGGUUUCCCAGGUGAUAAAACAGGCUCAGCCUCACCAUGUGCAUAGGGAGGCUUUUCCGGUCCUCAGACCUCCAGUGGGCAUGGAAGGCGGCCUUCCUGAGGGGCAUCCAGGGCAGGCGGCAAGGAGCCCACCGAUGGACACAUUCUGGAGGCAGUGCCUACCGAGCGGUGAUUUUCGACAUGGGCGGCGUUCUCAUCCCUUCCCCAGGGAGAGUAGCUGCUGAAUGGGAGUUGCGGAACCGUAUUCCUGCUGGAACUAUAUUGAAGGUCUUGGCCAAAGAUGGUGAAAGUGGACCCUGGAUGAGAUUUAUGAGAGGAGAGAUAACAGUACGAGACUUCUUACAAGAAUUUGGAAGACUUUCUUCUGAAAUAUCUAAGACCUCAGUGCCUGUGGACGCCUUUUUCUCUCUGCUGACCAGUGAGCAAACAGUACGGCAGUUCCCGAGGAUGACCGAGGCCAUCGCUCGCAUUCGGGCAGAGGGCUUCCAGACUGCAGUUCUGACCAACAAUUUCUGUCUUGCCAAUGGGAAAAGCUUUUUUCCGCUGGACCGGAGCCAGUUUGACGUGGUGGUGGAGUCCUGCUUGGAAGGAGUCUGUAAGCCAGACCCCAGGAUAUACCAGCUCUGCCUGGAGCGCCUUGGCCGGCAGCCCUCCGAGUCCAUCUUUCUCGAUGAUCUGGGACCAAAUCUAAAAGCAGCUGCUAGCCUUGGCAUGCGCACCAUUAAGGUCAGUGACCCAGAGACUGCAGUGAAGGAAUUAGAGUCUCUUCUGGGUUUUCCACUGCACUUGGGAGUUCCCAACACUCAUCCUGUGAGGAAGAACAUGGAAAUCCCAAAGGAUGCCCUGCAGAAGUACCUCAAAGGCUUGCUGGGGACCCAAAUAACAGGCCCGAUGGAUCUCCUUCAGUUUGAUCAUGGCCAAUCAAAUCCCACUUACUACAUCAGACUGGGCAGUCAUCAGCUGGUCCUGAGGAAGAAACCCCCAGGGACUCUGUUGCCAUCUGCCCAUGCAGUAGAGCGGGAGUUCAGGAUCAUGAAAGCCCUUGCAGGCGCUGGAGUACCUGUCCCGAGGGUUCUUGACCUUUGUGAAGAUUCAAGUGUCAUCGGCACACCCUUCUAUGUGAUGGAGUACUGCCCAGGCCUCAUCUACAAAGACCCCUCUCUGCCAGGCUUGGAGCCCAGCCAGAGGCGAGCCGUGUACGCUGCCAUGAACCGAGUGCUGUGCCAGAUCCACAGUGUGGACUUCCAGGCUGCAGGCCUGGAUGGCUAUGGGAAGCAAGGGGACUAUCUUCCUCGCCAGGUACAAACCUGGACAAAGCAGUACCGAGCCGCAGAAACCAGCACCAUCCCAGCGAUGGAGAGGCUCAUCCAGUGGCUACCUCUCCAUCUUCCCACGCAGCAGAGGACCACAGUGGUACAUGGGGACUUCAGGCUUGACAACCUGCUCUUCCAUCCGGAAAAGGCUGAGGUGCUUGCUGUCCUUGACUGGGAGCUUUCUACCUUAGGCGACCCCCUUGCCGAUGUAGCCUACAGCUGCCUGGCUCACUACCUGCCAUCCAGUUUUCCCCUGCUGAAAGGUGUCAGUGCCCGAGACUUGACACAGCUGGGCAUCCCUGCUGCCGAGGAGUACUGCAGGAUGUACUGCCUUCACAUGGACCUGCCCCCUGCCCAGAACUGGAACUUCUAUAUGGCAUUCUCCUUCUUCCGCGUGGCUGCAAUCCUACAAGGAGUCUACAAGCGAUCGCUCCAAGGGCAGGCAAGCUCAGCCAAUGCUGAGCAAAGUGGAAAGCUGGCUGAAUUCACUUCUAAUCUGGCUUGGGAUUUUGCAACUAAAGAAGGAUUCCGGGUUUUCAAAGAGAUGUCAGCUGCCAAACCGAUGACAAGGUCCUACCACGCUCUGGCUGGUCCACGAUCGCUGCUGAGGCCUGCAGGCACGAGAAGCUAUAGCUCUGUCCCAGGAGCGCGCCCGGCUCACGCCCCACAGGGAGCCCUGGUCUUCUCGGUAGAGGGCCUCUCCCCACAGGUCAGAGAGCUGUAUGACCGGCUGCGGCAGUUUAUGGCACAGCAUGUGUACCCCCUGGAGCCAGAGCUGCAGAGACACCAGGCCUCUGUGGACAAGUGGACCCCGUCCCUGCUGAUAGAAGACCUCAAGGAGAAAGCCAAGGCUGAAGGACUGUGGAACCUCUUCCUGCCCUUGGAGACCGACCCUGAGAAGAAGUAUGGAGCGGGGCUGACUAACGCGGAGUACGCCCACCUGUGCGAGGUCAUGGGCACGUCGCUGUACGCGCCCGAGAUAUUCAAUUGCUCGGCCCCUGACACAGGAAACAUGGAGGUCCUGGUGCGGUACGGCACCAGAGAGCAGAAGGCCCGCUGGCUGACCCCUUUGCUGGAAGGCAAGGCCCGCUCCUGUUUCGCGAUGACGGAGCCCAAGGUCGCAUCAUCUGAUGCCACCAAUAUCGAGGCUUCCAUCAGAGAGGAGGAUGGUUUCUACGUCAUAAAUGGUCACAAGUGGUGGAUCUCAGGUGUCAUGGAUCCUCGCUGCCAGCUCUGCGUGUUUAUGGGGAAAACAGACCCCCAGGCUCCAAGACACAAGCAGCAGUCCAUGAUCUUGGUUCCCAUGGAUACCCCAGGGAUAAAAAUCAUCAGGCCUCUGUCUGUGUAUGGGCUGGAGGAUCCUCCAGGUGGCCACGGUGAAAUCCGAUUUGAGAAUGUGCGUGUGCCCAAGGAGAACAUGAUUCUGGGGCCUGGCCGAGGCUUUGAGAUUGCCCAGGGCAGGCUGGGGCCCGGCCGGAUCCAUCACUGCAUGCGGCUCAUUGGGUUCUCAGAGAGGGCCCUGGCACUCAUGAAGGCCCGCGUGAAGUCCCGUGUGGCCUUUGGGAAGCCCCUGGUGGAGCAGGGCACAAUCCUGGCUGACAUAGCCCAGUCACGCGUGGAGAUUGAGCAGGCGCGGCUACUGGUGCUGAAGGCCGCUCACCUCAUGGAUGUGGCAGGAAACAAGGCUGCAGCUUUGGAUAUCGCCAUGAUUAAAAUGGUAGCCCCAUCCAUGGCCUACCGGGUGAUUGACCGUGCUAUACAGGCCUUUGGAGCAGCGGGCUUGAGCAGCGACUACCCCUUGGCACAGUUCUGGGCCUGGGCCCGGGCAUUGCGCUUUGCCGACGGCCCUGACGAGGUGCACCGAGCCAUGGUGGCCAAGAUGGAGCUGAAGCAUGGGACUCAGACUCAUGGACCGCAAGAGCCUAUGUCCCUGCUGGCCAGCCACACGCCAGCUUGUUAACUGGUGUGCUGGGAAAGGCCUGCCAUGUGUGAUUCUUGCAGCCUAUCUAGCUCCUUGUCUUGGGACAGUCACUACCCCACAGCAGGCAUCUCGGAGCAGCCCUGAGCUGGGGCACACUGGGAGCAGAGGGAAGCUGGUCUUCCGUCCCUUGGGCCCACCUGGGCCAGUCACCUCCGAACUUCCUCGUUAGUCUACCACCCCAAACACUAUUGCUAUGUUAUUCUAGAAGGGGCUUUGGGGGACACAAAAGAAAACAAAAACUUC